AGGACUCGCUAUGCAGUGUCGGCGCUAAAACGCAGUGAAAAGAGCUGCAAAAGACGGAAGUGUGUGAUAAUCCGUCAUUCAUAUUUUCGAUCAAAUUCGUGCUUAAUAUUUCGUGAAAGAUGGCCGGCAAACAGCCCUACCCCCCUCCUGGAAAUUACCCCCAGCCUCCUGCCCCUGGCUACCCCCAGGGACCACCCCCAGGAUAUCAAGCCCCACCUCCAGCCUAUCAGGCUCCACCCCCAGGCUACCAGGCUCCGCCCCCAGGCUACCAGGCUCCACCCCCUUACCAGCCUCCAGGUGCAACUCACCACACUGUCGUUGUGCAGCAAGUUCCCCAGAAGACCGUGGUGCAGAAACCCGCUAGAGGCCUGUUCGGGUCGUUCAUGAAGGAGGUCGACCUCCUGGCCAAGCAGGCAGGACGGGAGAUUGACUACUGUUCUGGCAAGGUCAACCAAGCAGUGGACCAGACGGCAACCAAUCCUGUGCUGAACUACUUCCAGACAGGGAAUGUGGUGCAGCUCAUAUCGCGCGUGAGCGGACGAAGUCUGCAGAUAGUGGCGACCCCUGCUGGACAGCUGGUCGUGGACGGAUGUGGUCCCACUGACCACCAGCAACACACUCUGUGGACUGUCGUAAACGAGGGAAAUAACCAAGUGCGUCUCCACAACAACAACAACUACUUGACCAUCGUCAACAACAAUACAACACUUGUCACCAUGCCCCCCGGCAGUGUCCAUGGGGUGGAGACAAAGCUCCAGCUGGGCGUCGCCCAAACCCAGUUUGUCAUCAUGCAGUCUGUGAAGGACCCUCUCUGUCAUGUGGGAGUACUCCCUACAGGGUUGAUGAAGCCUGCCAGAGCUACUGGCAGAGAAAACAGUGCACAGUUUGGAGUUCGACUUGUCUACACUCCAUACGGGCAACAAGUGACAACAGUCAAGAAAUAGUUGUCUCCCUUUGAAGAAGGAUAUUUUGGAGUUAUCUCCCAUGUACAGCAAUAUGGAAAAGAGAGUAGAAGCUUGAACAGGAAUACUCCAGAAUAUUUGACUGUAGAAUAUCUCGUAUAAUGAGAUAUCUUUCUGAAAUAAGAAGUUACUUCUUAUGUGAUAUUGACAAUCGGUGUAUAGUUUUUUGCAAAGUUUUAGCUUAAUAUACGGGCAAGUGUACCAUGUUUUUGUAAAGAAGUCAGAUUUUGUACCAUCAUAUUGUAACAAUCAAACCAUAUUUCUGGGGUGAAAUCAUGGAUUUCUUAAUUUAAGUCUCUCAUUUCUCAGCUUUUUAUCAACAAAGAUGUUUAUUUGAUACCACUAUAAAAUUCAUAGAUUUUACAUGAACUUAUGAAACAAUUUGAAAUGUCUACCAUAUUUACUCUAUUAACAAAUGGGCUCGCUUUUUAACACCCUACACACCAGAAGCUUGUCAGGGGCGCUUAUAAAGAAUACUUGAAGUUAGUCAGGGAGUGCUUGAUGGAGCAGGAUGUUUAGUACAGCGUAUACGGUAUGUCAGAGACCUGUUUUAUUUGCCAUACAUACAAAUUCAAACAAAAAUAAAAAAAAACUUGAAAUAUUUGAACGUUUUUUUCUGAAAAUAAGGAGCCUUCCAGUGGUCCUUGAAUCUAAAUGUUGUUGUUUGAACACCAGGGGAUCGCAGCGCUACGACUACCGUAACUCCUAUACUUUAACAUAGACUUACGACCGUCUUAGUGCUACAAUCUCUUUGUGAAAUGGGCCCCUGGUCUUUAUGCAGAGUAUGUGUCGAAGAUCUGAUUUUAUUUCUCAGCCAAAA